AUGACGAAAGUUGUUAGCCCGCGCCUGCUUGAAGAUGUCCGUAACGCGGAUUCGCCUGCUGCCCGAAUUGCUGCCCUACGCGCGCUCAAGAAUGAUAUCAUCGGCCAUCACCAGAAGAAGCAGGCCUGGACGGAGAUAGGCAUCCUACCGCUCCUGUCAGAUGUCCUGUCGAGUCGCCGUGGCGUGGGCAAGAAGGCAGACUAUGACAGCCCGAGACAGCACCAGACGGAGGAGGAUGAGAUGUGCUUCCAAGCUAUCACCAUCAUCGGCAGUCUCGCCCUUGGUGGACCGGCAUACACGUCUCCAAUUCUUGCCGGGGAAACCAUUCCUUCGUUGCUUUCCAUUUUAUCCUCUCCGACAUGCCCUACCUCUCUCGCCCUUGCCGUGCUUCAAACACUCAACACGAUUGCCGACCAGCUCGCCCUGGUGUAUAAGAAUGUAGACAGCCAGACUCAGCCCAUGGGGGCUCUUCUUUUCACCCGCAGACACAUACCGACCUUCCGUGACAUUCUCCAGCAGUCAGGUCUCGCUCCAGGGAUCCAGCCAUGUAUCGAACUUGUAGCAGACCUAAUCUCAAAGACGUGCACGGGAGAGCAUCAAAAGAGCAUUCUGACUGAAUCCGGUGUUCUUGACGCGCUGGGCCUGAGACUGUCAACCUUUAUAGUCGCAGGGGGCUUUGUUCUUCCGGGAGCAGAGAACUCUUGCACAAAUCCGGGCGCAUUAGGGUAUAUCCCUUAUCCCGCUCCAGCUGAUGCGAAACUUACCCCCAUUCUGCGGGCCAUUGCCGUGAUCAUCGAACAGUCUGGCGCCCGUGCGGAACAUCUCCUCACCUGCCCGGCCCUGGUGACCGUGUUUCCCAAGUCAUUUUACGACCCCUAUCUUGGUGAGGCAAGAAAGGGCCCAUGGAAAUCUCCCUAUUCCUCCGGUUAUGGCUUUGCAAAACGCAACUUUUUGAACCCCAUUGACUCUCUACUCCCUUCUGUGCCAAUGCAAAUUAAUGGCUCCUCUAACUUCCCACCAUUGGGGUCACAGCCUCAAUAUGAUAAGCGAGGGCAAUUCUUCGGGCCUCAGGUCCCCUGCGCUGAAAGCCCCCCUCCAGAAGAGCCGGAGAGUGUCCUGAUAUCUUGGUUACUCUACGUUGCCCGAGCAGACCGCGGAUAUGUUCGAUUAAUGGCCGCCCGUAUCCUCUCCACUCUUUUCCGUGUACAGUUACUGAAGAAACACCGUGUUCGUAUGCUUGGGUUUCUCUUGGUUCCCCUUUUAGUGAGAAUGCUCGACAGUGCUCACCUCACUACUGAAGAUUCGUCGACGUUUGAAAACUACAUGAGCUCCAGCACCUUGCGCGUUAAGGAGGAAGCUCCCGCAGUUCUAGCUUCGUUAGUCAUGGAUAGUAAAGAACUGCAAGAGUACGCCUUCAACAGUGGAGCUAUCAAGAAGCUGUCCCAGAUGCUGAAAGAGUCAUUCGGCCCAACAUCGGAGGAUGGUACUCCCAUGUGGAGUGCGACGAAGAGGCCUGCCGCAUCUCUAUUGCAGUCGACGGAUUCGGAUAUGGCCCUGGGACCACCUGGAUUCACUCGCCAAGCUCUCUCUAAAAUAAAAUACCGGGAAGCCAUUCUCAGAGCGCUAGCUGCGCUGUCAUUGUUCAGAGAUGAUUACAGGAAAACCAUAUGCGACUAUGGCGUGGUACAGCACAUUAUCGACUCAAUGAAGCCUUGGAAUCCAGAGACGACCAUUCUCGGCAAUAAGACUAGCAUCGUAGAGCUUGAAGGGAACCCAACGCCUGUUGUACUUGCAGCUUGCGCCGCGGCUAGAUCCUUGACUAGAUCCGUCAGUGUGCUCAGAACCAGUCUUAUCGACGCUGGUAUUGCUGCACCCAUCUGCGCGUUGGUGAAAUCUAAUGAUAUUGUGAUCCAGAUUGCCGCUACAUCUGUGGUGUGCAACUUGGCCCUAGAUUUUAGUCCUAUGAAGGAGGCUCUUCUCGAGGCAAAUAUGAUACCUAUUUUGUGUGAAAACUCCCAUUCACCUAAUGCAAAUCUUAGAAUAGAAUCCCUCUGGUCUCUCAAACAUAUUUCUUACAGUGUGCCAAAUAAGACAAAGAAGGACAUACUGGAAGAUCUCGGCAUUGAGUGGAUCAAGGAGGUCCUAUCUCACGACCCUAAUGAUCCGAGCAAUUAUAGAAGGAGGCAAGACGAAAGCACGAGCGGGAUGCCCUCGUCGCUUAUCGAAAUGGGCGCUGCCAAUUCAUUUGGCGAACAAGUGGAUAUUCUCAACCCAAUGACAAUGAACAGUGGCCUGGAAUCAGAGGCUCCUGUGCUGGACUUCGAGUCCUCAAAGUCUCCCCUGGAUGCACUUUCGGCUGAGAAUAUCAGGAAACGCAAGCUAAUUCUGAAUGGCGAUUUGGAUCAAACCAAGAAACUUCGACAAGACGAUACCCUAGCACAGGAAGAACUAUUCGAUCUACUCCGGAACAUCAUGUGUGGGCCUGGAGCGCCUGAUAUGAUCGACUAUAUACUUCAGAAACUCGGCCAAGGGGACUUUUUAGAUAUCCUAGCUGACAAACUUCGCCCGAGACCAUUUCCCACUACCACCGCCAUCUCCAACCCUCCUACUAUGUCCGGUUUUAAAGAUAGUAGAUCACAAAUCUCUCACCAGCAGCAACAAAAAACGAUACUCCACCCCACCGAAAUCAUUCGCGCCGUAACUUACGUUCUCAUCCACAUUGCUGCAGGCUUCUCACGGCACCGCCACCUCCUGGUUUUCCAUCAAGACCUACUAAAACUAACCAUGGCCCUCCUAAACCACUCCAACUGGCAGAUUCGAGCCAACUGCGUCUGGAUUGUAAUAAAUCUCACGCUUGACGAUGAUAAGACUGACCGACCGAGCCGUGUCGAGCGAGCGAUGAGGCUUAAAAGUCUAGGCGUGAUGGAGCGCCUGAGUAGCUUGGAGAUCGACAGUGAGGCUGAUGUUCGGGAACGGACUAAAACAGCUUUGGAUUGGAUGAAGGCACUCUUGGGACAGUAG